AUGGCUUUGGAUGAUGCAGAAGCGCAAAAGCAAAUACAGCAAAUGGUAAACUUCAUUUUAAAUGAAGCUAAAGAUAAAGCACAUGAGAUCGAAGCAAAAGCAUUGGAAGAUUUCAAUAUUGAAAAACUAAGAAUUGUUCAAAAAAUGAAAGAAAAAAUACGAGUGGAAUUUCAAAAAAAAGCAAAACAAAUGGAAAUAAAAAGGUCUAUAUCUCGUUCAUCAGCUAUUAAUAAAGCAAGACUAAAAAAAAUGUGUGCAAAAGAUCAAGUUUUUAAAGAAAUAUAUAAAAUAAGUAGCGAAAAAUUAAAUGAAUUGUAUAAAGAUAAAGAUAAAUAUAAAAAUUUAAUUGUUGAUUUAAUUGUUCAAUCUUUAUUUUAUAUACAAGAACCACAUGUUAUUGUUCGUUGUAGAGAUAUUGAUAAAUCGAUUGUUGAAAGUUGCUUAAAUGAAGCAGUUCAAAAAUACACGGAUCAAUUAAAAAAGCAACUCAAUGUUGUUAAAACUAUUAAAAUAGAAAUCGACAAAUCAGGAGACUAUUUACCACCUCCUCCUUCAAAGGACAAUGAAGGAAAUUCUUGUCUUGGAGGUGUUAUUUUAACAACUCCAAAUAGAAAAAUUAAUUGUGAUAAUACUUUAGAUGUUCGUUUAAAGCUAGCUAUAGAGUAUUGCACACCAGAAAUAAAAAAAAUGUUUUUUCAAAAAUCAUAA